CAUCUGCCUGCCUCUGCCUCCAGAGUGCUGGGAUUAAAGGUGUGCUCCACCACUGCCUGGCAGAAAGAAACAUUUUGAGGCUGCGGUUGUGCUUUAGAAUGUUAAAACACUAGGUAAGAUUACAGAAGUGUGUAAAACAGUGAGAGCCUCUGGUAAGUUUGGUGUAUUUCCAUCAAGCCCCCGUUUGGAUGUUGCAGAACUUACAUAUCUUGGAAGUUAUUAGGACCGCUAUAAAUCUGUGAGGAGACAGAACUGGAAAAAACAAGUAUUCAUUACUUGACAGCGACCCACAGCAACUGAGGUGACUAAAAGUCCCUAGUUCCCACAGGAGGAAGUCUUGCCACAUCUAGAGUACUUCAUUUGAUCAGUCCUGUAUGCCUUGGUCUCUGUCUUCCUUCAUAAAGGCAAACUCAUCAUAGUUUCUACAAAUAGACACACCACCGAGCUUUUAUCCCAGCAGAGCCAAGCUGACCUCGGAGUUCAAGGCCUGCCCAGGCUACACGAGACCCUGUCUCAAACCCAGUACAAAAACAAAACAAAACAAAAAAAUAAACCAAAACUUAGGGAUGAAGGGUUCAAGAACGAAAAAGAUAACUUUCAUUUGGUUGAGCAAUUUUCCUGGCUUUACAUAGAAGGAACUUGGGACACAAACACUGGGUGAGUUUCCUCUUUAGUUUGUUCGCUAAAGCCUGAGAGACCCAAGCGCGCCCACUGAAGUCCUUCCAGGUGUUUGCCCGUGUAAGGCCUACCAGGUGAUGGAAUGGGGAGAGGCGGAAAUACUGCCAGCCAAAUCCGUAGCUGUAGUUAGGUGGCCCUUGACCCUUCUCUUCCUGCUGCAGACAGGAGGGGUACGGAGGCACCAGGGCCCUCGUGAACCGCAGUCUCCAACAAUGAAGUCUUUGGUUUGAGGAAAUCCGCUUCUUCCCAGCAACCGGCCUGGCGGCAGCGCGGCCACCAAACUGAGGAGGCGGAGCCGAGACGAGUCGGUACUGCGCUCUGACUCCUAGACCAGGUGUAAGUUUUUGAAAUUGAAGUAGGUCUACAUAGUAGGAACCCAUGUCUUUUCUUGUAAGUAAACCAGAGCGGAUUAGGCGGUGGGUCUCGGAAAAGUUCAUUGUUGAGGGCUUAAGAGAUUUGGAACUAUUUGGAGAGCAGCCUCCGGGUGACACUCGGAGAAAAGCCAAUGAGGCGAGCUCGGAGUCCAUAGCAUCCUUCUCUAAACCGGAGAACAUGGGCAGCUUUCUGCCAGAGGGCGGGUGUUAUGAGCUGCUCACCAUCAUAGGUAAAGGAUUUGAGGACUUAAUGACAGUGAAUUUAGCCAGGUACAAGCCAACAGGAGAAUAUGUGACGGUACGGAGGAUCAACCUAGAAGCUUGUUCCAAUGAGAUGGUGACAUUCUUGCAGGGGGAGCUUCAUGUCUCUAAACUCUUCAGCCAUCCCAAUAUAGUGCCAUAUCGAGCCACCUUCAUCUCAGACAAUGAGCUGUGGGUCGUCACAUCAUUCAUGGCUUAUGGUUCUGCGAAGGAUCUCAUUGGCACACACUUCAUGGAUGGCAUGAAUGAGCUGGCGAUUGCAUACAUCCUGCAGGGGGUGCUGAAGGCCUUGGACUACAUCCACCACAUGGGCUAUGUGCACAGGAGUGUCAAGGCCAGCCACAUUCUGAUUUCUACAGAUGGGAAGGUCUACCUGUCCGGUCUACGCAGCAACCUCAGCAUGAUCAGCCAUGGGCAGCGGCAGCGUGCAGUCCAUGAUUUUCCAAAAUACAGUGUCAAGGUCCUGCCGUGGCUCAGCCCAGAAGUUCUCCAGCAGAAUCUUCAGGGUUAUGAUGCCAAGUCUGAUAUCUACAGUGUGGGGAUCACAGCGUGUGAACUAGCUAAUGGCCAUGUCCCCUUCAAGGAUAUGCCUGCCACUCAGAUGCUGCUGGAGAAGCUGAAUGGCACAGUGCCCUGCCUCCUGGACACCAGCACCAUCCCAGCCGAGGAGCUGACCAUGAGCCCCUCACGUUCCAUUGCCAACGACAGCCUGGCCACUGGCAGCCUCCGGCCUUCCAACGGUGACUCGCCUUCCCACCCGUACCACCGAACCUUCUCCCCCCACUUCCACCACUUUGUGGAGCAGUGCCUUCAGCGCAGCCCUGACGCAAGGCCGAAUGCCAGCACCCUCCUGAACCACUCCUUCUUCAAGCAGAUCAAGCGACGUGCCUCAGAGGCCUUGCCCGAAUUGCUUCGCCCUGUCACCCCUAUCACCAACUUUGAGGGCAGCCAGACUCAGGAUCACAGUGGACUCUUUGGCCUGGUGACAAACCUGGAAGACCUGGAGGUGGAUGACUGGGAGUUCUGAGCCAAUGCAGCCUGCAUCCUCCAGUGGGGGUGGGGUGUGAGCCCUGGGGGCCCUUCCUGAGGAUCAGCACCUACCUCUGGGUGCAGACUGGGUAGAAAGGACAUUAUGCUGGCAGAGCUGGCUGCCCGCUGCUUGAAAGGACAUUCUGAAGAGACUUCGCUGUUUUUGUGGCUUUUGAGACACAGGGAGUCCCAGUCACCAGGGACUUGGAGAGACCGGAAAGCUGACAUCCUGUUCUGUGAGCUGGGGACCUCCUUAGAAGGAAGAGACACUGCUUUAGCCCCGAGGCUGAAGUCCAAGCCCAGAACUUAACUCAGACCCAGGGACCCUUCACUUCCUCUUCCCUGCACUUGCUCUCCUCCCAGGCUGUUCACUCAUCUUCUGUGCUCCCAGAGCCUGUAUGGGCUAAAUGGGGGACAAGUCCUAAGCAUCCUGCCCCUGCCCUCAGGCAUCUCCCCAGUUUUCUGUCUUUAAGCACCAGGGCCGGGUCAUCCUCAUCCCCACCUCUUUCUUGGGCCCUGACACCUGAAACCUCUUAGCUCGGCUGUCUGUUACACUCCUUCCCAAGAAUCCGCCAAUGCCCCUGCCAGCUGCUGCCUUGGUGCCUCCUCCAAGGGCCAUAAAUGUCUUGCCUUGUCUGAGGGCUUGAGUAAGUCUUACGUUGUGUUAGUUUCAUUGUCAGAACAAAUUAAAAAUUUCAGAGUAUGUUA